UCUGAGUAUCAGGCUCAAAAGAGCAUAUCUGGGGAUUAGCUCGACAUGCAGGAGUCUCACGCAACUGUAAUUACCAGCAGUAUAGUAACGGAAAGACCGAUUAUGCUACAGUAGGAGGAUCUAAGGAAAAAUCGCCAUAUACUGUGUUAAACCUUGGGUUUAGCGCGUCUCCCUUUCCCCGUUGCUGUUAUGGGGGGGAUAGACCGGCGGCGGCGAGUAUCUCUGGCUAUUACGUUGAACUUCCUCGCGCUGAUUCUAGCCGUGGUCGCGUUGACUACAAGCUACUGGUGCGAGGGGACACGGAAAGUGGCGAAACCUUUCUGUACGGGACCGGUCACCACCACGAGACAGUCGUUCUGUAUCAGGUUCAACAGCUCGAACAUUAAUGACAGCAGACUGGUCCAGUACAUCUGGGAGACCGGCGAGGACAAGUACCUCAUGAGGAAAUUCCACACCGGGAUCUGGUUUUCGUGCGAGGAGAACGUCAAUAUGACAGGUGAAAACUGCAGAAGUUUCAUUUAUGUUGCGCCCUCACACGAAAGAGGAGUGCUGUGGCUGUGUAUCGUGGCAGAGUGUCUUUAUAUUCUCCUCCUGGCCACCGGAGGCAUCCUCAUGUCCAUAGAGGCAUGUCACUUAGGAAAUGUCAUCAACGGACUCAAACUCAACGCCUUCGCUGCCAUGUCCACUGUCCUGUCAGGUCUGCUUGGCAUGGUGGCCCACAUGAUGUUCACCACAGCCUUUCAGCUGACAGUCAGUCUGGGGCCAGAGGACUGGAAGCCUCAGUCAUGGGACUACAGCUGGUCAUACAUCCUGGCGUGGAGCUCGUUCACAGCCUGCAUGGCCUCCUCGGUCACCAUCAUCAAUCGGUACACCAAGACCAUUCUGGAGUUCAAACACAAGCGCAGGAACGUCCAGAAGAACCUGAAGAUCAAGCAGAAGCUACUUGAGCUGGACUCUGGACCAGGGGUUGGGGUGGGACACGUCGGACAUGGGGGUCAUGUGGAGCAAGUGUGGGACAUGUACAUCAGCUCAGUGCCCAACACGGCAGAGGAACUGCUGGAUCUCUCCAGUAAUGGCAGGAAGUUGUCCAACGCAUCAGUGUUCCUGGACCUGAACGAUCUGCCAGAUCCGAUAAGAGAGGAGUACUUCUGAGAGAGGACUAGGGGACUGACCAAGGAACACACAUACACAUAUACAAAUGCAAACACAUAUAUAACACACACACACACACACACACACACACACACACACACACACACACACACACACACGCACAGUUCUUUCCAAACCAGGACAGUAUCCCACCAGAGACAAUAUAUUCCACCUCUUGUUUGGGGUACCUCCUGCACUCCCCUCCACUGCCGCUUGGCUCAGUGAUGUGCUCUUACUGUUCAGGGUGCUCCUGUCCUGACAAAACUUCAAUAUGGGCUUCAGUCACUGUUUUCCUUUAUUAAAUAUCUAGUAACUAUGUU